ACUCCCAUUCAUUAAAAUGAAUGGCUGAAGUGCAUUUACAUACAUACCAUAGCAAUCAUCCGGUGUUCAUACUUCAUACCCCUAAACCUUCAAUCAACAGCCAAAGUGUGAUCGAUUUUUCUGGAUCCAUGCACCCUCCUUUCCUGGAAGGAUAGGACUGCGGUAGCAGCUAGAUGAGCUUGAGCUUUUUUGUCCUCUGCUCCUUGUUCUUUUGCUAAGAGCCGUGACCCAUUUUUUCCCCCCCACCUUGCCCUCCAAGAAUUGGCCGCCCUCCACUUAUAUUUCCUAUUCCUAUUUCUUUCUUGCUGCCCACUUCCCUUAAUUUCAAACACAAACAUAAAAAAGCCCCCCUCUCUCUCCCCCCUAGACCUUCCAUAUACAGCCGAACAGCAGCCAGAAAAAAAAAGGAAGCCAUGCGGCCGAGUUCCAACGGUGGAACUCAUAAUAAUACGGCCAUGGAGGAGGAAGCAAAGCUCCCCUUGCUCCAAGGAAACGACCACGCCGCCGCCGCCGCCCUUAUCCACAAAACAGCCGCCGCCCUCGUCAAGGACAAAAACGCCCCCCACGACGCUGCUGACGACAUCGUGACCAAGGUAUGGACGGAGACGAAGAAGCUAUGGCACAUAGUGGGCCCCGCCAUCUUCAGCCGCCUCGCUUCUUACUCCAUGCUCGUCAUCACCCAGGCCUUCGCCGGCCACCUCGGAGACCUCGAGCUCGCCGGCAUCUCCAUCGCCAACAACGUCAUCGUCGGCUUCGACUUCGGCCUCCUGCUCGGCAUGGCCAGCGCGCUCGAGACGCUGUGCGGCCAGGCCUACGGAGCCAAGAAGUACUACAUGAUGGGAGUGUACAUGCAGCGGUCGUGGAUCGUCCUCUUCAUCUGCUGCCUCUUCCUCCUGCCGCUCUACCUCUUCGCGACGCCGUUUCUGAAGCUGGUGGGCCAGCCGGACGACGUGGCGGAGGUGUCCGGGGUGGCGGCCAUGUGCAUGAUCCCGCUCCACUUCAGCUUCGCGUUCCAGUUCCCGCUCCAGCGGUUCCUCCAGAGCCAGCUCAAGAACAUGGUGAUCGCGUGGAUGGCCCUGCUGGCGCUGGUCGUCCACGUGUUCGUCAGCUGGCUGCUCGUCUACCAGCUCCAGCUCGGCGUCGUCGGCACCGCCAUGACGCUCAACUUCUCGUGGUGGGUUUGGGCCGUGGGCUGCUUCGGGUACGCGGUUUGGGGCGGCUGCCCGCUCACCUGGACCGGGUUCUCCAUGGAGGCGUUCUCCGGCCUCUGGGACUUCGCCAAGCUCUCCGCUGCCUCGGGGGUCAUGCUCUGUUUGGAGAAUUGGUACUACAGAAUACUGAUCUUGAUGACCGGGAAUCUCAAGAAUGCAGAGAUCGCGGUGGAUGCUUUGUCCAUUUGCAUGACCAUAAACGGGUGGGAGAUGAUGAUUCCAUUUGCUUUCUUCGCAGGAACUGGAGUUAGGGUUGCCAAUGAGCUUGGAGCUGGGAACGGGAAGGGAGCCCGGUUCGCCACCAUGGUCUCGGUGGUGCAAUCGGUCAUAAUCGGCUUAUUCUUCUGGCUGCUGAUCAUCAUCUACGACGACAAAUACGGGUGGAUUUUCACCAACAGUAAACCGGUUCUCGAUGCGGUCAACCAGCUGUCCAUCCUCUUGGCUUUUACCGUGCUUCUCAACAGCGUGCAGCCAAUUCUCUCAGGAGUGGCUGUGGGGUCGGGAUGGCAGAAGUAUGUGGCCUACAUAAACUUGGGCUGCUACUAUCUCGUUGGAGUCCCUCUAGGGUUUUUGAUGGGCUGGGGCUUCGACCUGGGAGUCAAGGGAAUCUGGGCUGGAAUGAUAUUUGGAGGAACAGCGUUCCAGACACUGAUAUUGGCCAUCAUAACCAUUCGAUGCGAUUGGGAUAAAGAGGUACAUAGAACUAGACAUAUCUCCAAUUUAGAAUUGCAUGAUUCUAAAGUGAAUUUAUAAGAUAUCACUACUGGGAUUGAUAUAUGUUUGUGGGUGGGAUUUAAAUUCGAUUUCUGCAGGCAGAGAAAGCAAGAUUACACGUAACCAAGUGGUCAGGAGUCCAAUGAGAAAGAAGUGUUUGAACCAGCAGACAUGGCUGGAAAAGGAAGAAGAUGAUGAUGAAAACGGAUCGAUGUUGGACUAAUUAAUGGCGUUUUCUUUGGCAAGUCAUGGCAAUGGCAAUAUGGAUUAUUAGCUCCAAUAUUCAAUUACCAAAUGCAAAUUAGGGGUUGAUUAUUAGAAUUUUGUUAUCCCAAAAGGAAAAUGUUGUAUAUCAUGUUAACAUGAUGAUUUCAUAUCUUAAUAAAAGAAAAUUCGAUCACAUCAUAACUCAUAAUACAUUAACUCUUUACUAAUGCAGUACUAUUAAUGGCCUUCAAUAGCUUGUAUCAGACGUUUCAUUUGGAGCGAGUCUAUCCUCCUUGGGAUUCAGGCAAAAAUCCUUACUCAUUAAGAGACUGCCUUGGACGAUUUUAUGGGGAUGCAUCUUAUGGUUGUAGUA